AUAGGCACGUAGGUAUAUGAACCCACCGAGGGGACCGAUACUAUCAAAGAAGCAAGAAGAGAGCUUUGUGUUGUGUCAUUAACCAGGCCUGGGCCAGGCAGGCUUUAGCUACCCGAAAACCAAAACAAUUACUUGUAUUGGGGGAAGAAAGAGGCAUUCAAUGCCAUCCAGUCAAUAGUGUAUAGCUAUCUGCGCUCCGUACUUGGCGGAUGUCCCUCCAUAUUCAAAUCUGCACUUUUAGCGUCGAGUCGAGGCCGAGCAUUGCAUACUGGUGAAUUUUAUAACAUGGUGAUGGUGUACAUCGAGCAUUUUGAAUUCAGCGCUGAAGGAUUUUUAUGAUGAGCUGUUAUAGUUAAAACUAGACUGCAUUUGAGCCAUAUUCUGAUCGGGGGGAAGUAGAGGAAGGAGAAGAGAUGGAUAUCCUCAUCGAGCCAGACUGUUACAAGGUCUGCCGCAUCUGCAUGGAGAACUGCGAGGAGGACUUUGUGUGCGUGUACGAUGAGUUUGAGGAUAACAUCCUGAUGGACGUGAUCGCUGAGUGUGCCCGCGUUGAGAUAAGGAAAGACGAUGUACUGCCACGGAAUGUCUGUCGGAACUGCGCCGAGUAUAUGAUCGUGGCCUACCACAUCAUCCAGAAGUGUCGCGAAUCGGAUCAAACGUUGAGGUCAAUCUUCAAGCAUGAGAUCGAUAUACACAGCCGAAAGGACGAGGAGAAGCCAUUCUGUGCGACUGAUCUGCAGGAAGAGGACCUCAAUCCGGAGGAAUAUGAGUUUCUACUGUCGGAGGCAUACGACAACAUGAUAUUGGACAAUGUGGAAGAUUUGAUAGGUGAACAGGUAGACGAGCUGCCAAAUGACUUUCCAGAUUUGGGUCAUGUCGACGAUGAGAAUACACCUCCACUGCUGAGCACCGUCAAAGUUGAACAGGUUCAGUUGGGGAAUCCCCAAGUUGAUCAACAACUCGUACAAGUAGAACAGCCACCUGUUGACACACACGAAACAAAGAGGUGCUGUGGUUGUAAGCAAGAGUUCGAAACGGAGACCGAACUGAUGCACCACAGCAAUGCAGUGCACUUCAACGAGCGUGGCAAUAUCAAUGAUCCCACCAGGCCCUUCCGAUGCCACAUAUGUUACAAAUCGUUUGUAACGCUUCAGCAUCUAAAGGAGCACCAACGAAUCGCCGUCCGUAAAUACUUCUGUCGACAGUGUGGAAAAGGUAAGGCUUCAAACGACUUCCCAUCAAUGGACCCACUCAACACAGGUAAUUUCUCUCGGACAGGUUUCAUGACCCAAUCGAAUCUGGAGAAUCACCACAAAUGCCACUACACAUCCGCAGAGACGAAGAAAUGCUGCGGAUGCCGCAGUGAAUUUGAAACUGAAGAAGCUCUCACAGCUCAUUCUAUCCAGAUUCACAAACCCGAGCAAAUGGUUGACCCAAGAAGACCGUUCGAAUGUGCAGUUUGCUACCGUCGUUAUCCAACUCGCAAAUCUUUGGUUAGUCACAAGCGCUUGAACCAGCAGCAUCGUUGUGCGCAUUGCGGGGAAAUCUUUGCCAAAAGAAUCUUCCUUACCAUCCACGAACGUAACUACCACCCGGAUGCCCCUAAGGAAGAAGACCCCAAAAGACGUUGCUGCGGAUGUUACCUUGAAUUUCCCAACAUGGAUGAACUGCAGCUGCACGCCUCGGCCACCCACAAACUCCAGCGCAAUCAGAUUGCCGAUGAAACGAAACCUUACGAGUGCGACAUCUGCUGCAAGCGGUUCAUCUCCAUGUUCAGCUUGCACCACCAUCAGAAGAAGGCCAAUCAGGGCAGACGUUACGUGUGCGAAGUGUGCGGUCGUUCGUUCAACCGCGCCUUCGACAAAGCCAACCACGCCACAACCCAUUCCAACGAGAUGCCCUUCUCGUGCGAAAUCUGCGGCCGGCGGUUCAAGAAUAAGCUCUACCUCAAAAACCAUCACAAGCUGCACACCACCGGCGAAACGAAGGAAUUCGCCUGCCCCGAAUGUGGCAAGUGUUUCCGCACCAAGGAUCUCCUCAAAACCCAUUCCAUUACGCACAGCGAAGAACGUCGGUUCGUGUGCAGUCUCUGUUCCGCCACGUUCAAGCGGAUGCAGUGCCUUAGAAUUCAUCUCAAGAUACACAACAAGGAAAAACCGUACGGAUGUACUCUCUGCGAACGUCGCUACACCCAGUCGUCGGAUCUGAAGCGGCACAUGCUGACGCACAGCACCGGCGACGAGGCGCGGCCAUAUCAGUGCCAAUACUGUCUGAAGCGCUAUCCACGCAAGGAUUACCUCAAGAUUCACGUCAGGAAGCAGCACCUCGAGAAGGCGGAUCUGACGCUGAUCGAGGAGAUGGCCUUUGAGCUGCGAGACCACGGAGACGAUAGCGACUUUUUGCUCAUUUAAAAUUUAAUCUUCGGGGAGAUGGGUUUAGAGAAAUCGAUGAAUAAUAUGGCAAUAAAAAGCAGAAUUUUUAGUA